GCGGCGUGGGCCGCUCCUCAACUUUGAGCCUGUUGCUGGCGAGCUUGGAAAGGACCUGGUGAGGGGCGCUAGGACCGCGGCGGCCAGGAACCAGCGUCACCGCAAAGGAACGCGAAGCCGUCCACCCCGGCGCCCUCUCGGGACCCCCAGGGAUCUCGCGCUUGCCGGGAUUUCGCUGCAGAUCUUCUUUCCGGGUUGGCGGACAGCCCCAUCAGGGCCUGAGGAUCGACUGGCCGAGUAACGAGGAGUCUCCCAGGCUGGUGCCGCAUGGGUUUGGGGAGCACAGGAAUAGGAGUAGGGCUAGCCACCUGUGCGCACAGUCCUGGGAGGAAACGCAGCCCGCCGGCCCCUGCCCCCGCCCAGUCGCUGGGGAGAUCGAUCGGUCUGCGCCCUCUGAGCAGCCCCAUCAUGAAGCCUAACUUCUCUCUGCGACUGAAGGUCUUCAGUCUCAACUGCUGGGGCAUUCCCUACCUGAGCAAGGACUGGACCUAUCGCUUGGGGCGCAUAGGAGACUUUCUGAACAUGGAGACCUUCGACUUGGCCUUGUUGCAGGAGGUGUGGAGGGAGAAGGACUUCGACUACCUGAAACAGAAGCUGUCACUCAGGUACCCAGCUGCACACUACUUCAAGAGCGGAAUCAUUGGCAGUGGCCUCUGUGUCUUCUCCAAACACCCAAUCCAGGAAAUCACCCAGCACACCUACACCCUCAAUGGUUACCCCUACAUGAUCCAUCAUGGUGACUGGUUCUGUGGGAAGGCUGUGGGGCUGCUGGUGUUCCAUAUAAGUGGACUGGUGCUCAAUGCCUACGUGACCCAUCUCCAUGCCGAGUACAAUCGACAGAAGGACAUCUAUCUAGCACAUCGUCUGGCCCAAGCUUGGGAACUGGCCCAGUUCAUCCACCACACAUCCAAGAAGGCAGAUGUGGUUCUGUUGUGUGGGGACCUCAACAUGCACCCCAAUGACCUGGGCUGCUGCCUGCUGAAGGAGUAUACAGGGCUUCGUGAUGCCUACCUUGAGACCCAGGACUUCAAGGGCUCUGAAGAAGGCAACACCAUGGUACCUGAGAACUUCUAUGUCAGCCAGCAGGAUCUGUGGCCGUUUCCCUGUGGUAUCCGCAUUGACUACGUGCUUUACAAGGCGGCUCCUGAGUUCUCCAUCUCCUGUAAGACUCUCAAAACCACUAAAGGCCAGGACCUCUACCAUGGCACCCCUCUCUCUGAUCACGAGGCCCUCAUGGCUACUCUGUAUGUGAGCCACAGCCCCCCACAGCAAAACCUCAGCCCUACCCAUGGACCAGCCCAGAAGUCACCAUUGAUCAGCCUGCUAAAGAGGACCUGGAUGUUGCUGGGGAUAAGCACAGCUAUAGCUGACUUGUGGGUCACCCUCACAGGCUAUGUGAUUGGUCUGGGGCUGUUUCUGAUGCUUCUCCUGUCAGCAGAAGGGACUAGGGAAGCGGCCCUAGGGCUGUGGCUCAGUAUAGGACUACUACUUGGGGCAGUGGCAGUUUACCUCUUCUGGCUGCAGGAGGCCAAAGGCUUAUCUCGGGCCCAAUCUGAGAUCCUGCACAUGCUGGAAAGGAUACAGAAGACCCAGGACUUGAGCUCAGAGCUUCAACUAGCCGAGCUUCAGCAGGAGGGGGACAGAGCAGAAGAACAAUAAAGCUUGACACUUUAGUGCCUCUGCCUUGUUCUUGUAGAGGGAUGGGAGCCAAGGUCAAUGUGACUGUAUCAUAGACCUUAGAGCUCUGGCACAUUUUCUGCUGUUCCUGCAUAUUCCCACCUAUAUGUAGCUUAAACCCCCAUUUGUGGCAGAAUCAUUUGUUUACUCAUUCAUUGGCAGUUCCGGGGUUUGAACUCAGGGUCUGCUGCUUGCCCUCUUGAUCAAUGCCUCCAGCCCUU